ACCGGCCCUGUUUGUCGUCCAAGAAUCCAACCUCGAAGUCUCUAAUCUACGCUUAGAGUGCGUUAUAACCUAAAUAUGACCGACGAAGAAGUAAUUAGACGCCGUCUACUCAUUGAUGGCGAUGGCACCGGCGAUGAUAGACGCCUCAACAGCCUAAUAAAAGGUAUUAUCAAGUGGUCCAAUAGUUCCGGCCUCAACAAAACUGAAAAUGAACAGAUGUACAACCGUCUACUCGCUCAGCUAGCACAAUGUGAAUUUCCCGCACAUCGUGCUCUCAUCCUCACACGAUCUAACCAGCGACAACUUGAAGAUUACAAGAAAAUGCAGCAGGAAAUAGAGUUGAACAUAAUGAAUGUCAAACAGAACAUUGUACAAAACAAAGCCAAGCUGGAAAAGGCCAAAAUGCUCAAAGGUAACAGAAUGCAGUAUGAUUUGUUAGCACAGAGCAUUCAGGAACAACCAGCAAGAGCACUGACUGACAAAAAAUUGAGCACAUUGAGGGUAGAACUAGACAAUCUUAAAGAAGAACAGAAAUCAUUUGAAGACAUCAUGGACAAGAGAAGAAAACAGUUUGCUGUUUUGUCUUCCAGUGCCAAUCAGAUAAGAACACUGUUGGACCAGAAACAAACUGAGGAGACAAUGAAUACCUCCCUAGAUGAUAUAACUAAUAGUCCAGGACCUGAACCCAUGUCUGAAUAAGUAAAUCUAAUAAAAUUAUUUACCAAUA